UAUGGAGUCUUCAGUUGCGAGAGUUGUGCGAAAUUCUUCUACCGAUAUCUUCUGAAGCCUUCGAAGUUCGUGUGCGCUAACAAUGGGAACUGUUCGCUGAAGAUCGACGUUCCCGGCGGUCGAUGCAAGUCAUGCCUAUUGCAGGCGUGUCUACAGAAAUAUAUAAUCGACCCGAAAAAGCACCCGAAGAUAUUUCAGAGGUCGCCGGCGACUCCGGGAGACAAGAACGCGGUGGCCGGCGCUCUCAUCAACCAGAUUCCCGCUAACGUUCAAAUCAAAAUCAAUCCGAAGCCCAAACUGAUGGCUAAACCAAUCAUCAAACAAGAGAUCUCAACGGAUGACAAGCCCGGACCGGACACACCUCUGCCUACGCUCACCACUUUGGUCACCGCAGCCGUUACCCCAAAGGCGGCCACUAAUGGUAUCGUAAUAAAGGCUUCGCCGGCGGGUUCUGGCAAACGGAAGCAGCAGUUCAAUGAAGACGGCGUUGCAAUCACUAGAAGCCGACGGAUCGGGUGCCGCGAAUGUCCCGGUUGUUUGGCCGACGACUGCGGUCAGUGUCUGUACUGUUUGGAUAAACCCAAGUUCGGGGGCAAUGACGUGAAGAAGCAGAGGUGCAUCAAACGGCGCUGUCAUAGAGCCAACUAUACCUAACACUAUAGCGUGUGAUUCAAUUCAGUCUGAAUCGGAAUAUAAGGAAUCAUUUAUUGGUUUAUCAUUUAUAUUACUUUUUGAUCGACUUUUGUCUUUAAAUUACAAUCAAUUAUAAGUUCUUUUCCUCACUUUAUCUCUCUUUCACUUUCUUUUCUUUAUAUUUAAUUUAAUUUUCCUAUCGAUUGAUAAAUUAUUUAGAAGUUUAUUAUUGAGGCUUUAAAGAGAUAUAUGUUAUGCUAAAAAUAUUAUUAUUAUUAUUCCUUCAAUUAUAUGAUUAUAACAAAUGGUAGUAAUUGUUUAAUAAUCAUGAAUUGUUCACACAUUUGCUGUAAUAUUAAUAUUAUUCGUAUUGAAAGCAACAUAAAACACGACAUAUAUUUGUUAAUUAAAUAUUAAGACUUCAACUCUUUAUCCAUUAUAUUAUAAGAAGUAAUUGAAGAUUCAAUUUGGGAAUCAAAUUAUAAUUUUUCUAUUAUUCUGUCCUUUAUUUUUAAUAAUCCAUUUUUGAGCAUAAAUUGAAUUAAAAAUAUAAUUUUAGAACAAAAUAAUGUAAUAA